AUGUCAAAAAGGAAUAACGAAGGCGAUGUGUUGUUCAAUAAGGUCAAUCUGGCAUUGGCCAAACACCAAAAGUCACUGGCAGCCAUGCUAGGGUCUAUGCCAGAAGAACCUAAUGUGGAAAAGUUAAAGGCGGAAGAAGAGCGAGCGGAACUAGAAGACAGAGAAUCGGGAUUCGAACAGCUUGGCGUCGGAGGGAAGAUUCCAAAAGACGUUGCGGAUGGUAGUUUUACGCGUCGCACUCUGACGUCAAAUGACAAGCUCCUACAGCAGCUUAUGGGAAAGAGGGCUGCUAAGGCGCACAUUGCUGCCAAACAAGCGCCGAAAACCAAUCUCAAUGCUCAAAAGAAUCCAGCCAGAUAUCUUAAGAAAGAGGAUAGUGAGGACGAGGACGAGGGCAGAGCAGCACAUUUCAAAUCCAAGAGGUCAAAAACAAUCCCAGUGUCCUCAGAAACGCCAGAUGCGAACGAGCUUUCAGAGGGAGUGACAUCGCCAGCGAACCAGACAGUGGCUCAGCAGGAUGAUCGGGCCACGUCCGAUGACGACGUUGAAGCACUCAAGCCGAAGCCGAAAUCUCGAAAAGCUGUGUCUAGGCCGGGUAGCUAUCUCGAUGAGAUUCUGAACCAAAGAUCCAAGAAGAAGAACAAAAAGAGCACAGGCGGAGAUUGA